GCAACUCCUAAAAAUUGAAGUCUCAACACUUUCUCCAUUUCUCUCUGUUUAUUUUUCCCUUCCAAAUUUGAUAUUUUUAUUUGCUCGACCUCUCUCUCUUCCUCUCCCCGCCAACCGUUGUCGCUUCCUUCUUUCCCCUUUAUCCACCCAUUUCGAGCCAUACGCUUGUUGGGUGUUCAUAGAAACAUCCAUCCAGGGUUUCAUGCUCUUUCCUGGAUCCCAUUCCUUGAUUGGGCGAGUUGUGAACUUGAUCUCCCCUCGAAUCCAUUGAAGGCCGCUGGUUGGUUUCUGCUUCUUGAAUUUAUUGCAGCUUUGUGGGUCUGCCUGUUUGUGCUACAUUCGGUUUCUGUUGGCUGUUUCGAGCUUCCCUGAUUAAGGGUCUUCUUCAAUCUCACCGUCAGGAGGAGACCAGGCAGGUACGAGAUAAAUUUGCGGGAUCAAUUUCUCUUUGUAGGGUCUGAAUUAAAUGCCGCGAAAAACUGGUUGAACGUUGAAGCUCUGGCUAUCUCCGUCCUUGGUUUCCCUCUCUUCCUAAGCUGUUGUAUAUCUUUCUCUAGAGGUAAUGCUGAAGAGAGGCCGUCCUGGGUAUUUGUAUAUAUUGUAGUUUCCCCCCUGUGUGCUGAUUUGUUCGAUCGGAGGGGGUUUGUAAGAUGAAGAGGGUAAAGGUGGAACCUGCAACUGGUAGAAGGUUCAAAAUGUCCCAUCUUCUACUAGGGAUAGCAGCAUUGUACUUCGUGUUUUUAGUAUCCAAGGUCCCUCAUUUGUUAGAAAUCGCGGCAACAUUGAGUGGAGAUGAGAGUUAUCUGGAUUCAGGUGAGGCCAGCAGAGGUGAGGCCCGGGGAUCUGAUUUGAGCAAGCCAUUGUCUGGUUCGGCUUAUAUGGAUACAUUUCACCGCAAAUUGGAGGAUAACGAGAACGAGGCUGCACCCAACAUGCCCAGUAAAGAACCGGUGGAAGAAGUGAAGGGAGAGUCCAAACCUCUAAAACCACUGCAGCACCGUUACGGUCGAAUUACUGGGGAGGUCAUGAGGCGGAUGAAUCGGACUAGUGGUUUUUCCACCCUCGAGAAAAUGGCAGAUGAAGCAUGGACCUUGGGUUUAAGGGCAUGGAAAGAAGUGCAGAACUAUAAGGGCGAUGAUAUUGGACCGAGUUCUGCAAUUGAGGGUAAACCUGAGUCUUGCCCUCUUUGGGUUUCAAUGAGUGGAGAGGAGUUGGAUAGAGGGGAUGCUAUGGUGUUCCUUCCCUGUGGGUUAGCUGCCGGUUCCUCCAUUACAGUGGUUGGGAAACCUCACUAUGCACAUCCGGAGUUUGUUCCCCAGCUAGCUAGAUUAAGGCACGGUAAUGGCAUUGUGAUGGUUUCUCAGUUUGUCAUUGAAUUACAAGGGUUGAAGGUUGUGGAUGGGGAGGACCCCCCUAAGAUUUUGCAUUUGAACCCUCGAUUGAGAGGAGAUUGGAGUAAACGUCCAGUCAUUGAACAUAACACCUGCUAUAGGAUGCAGUGGGGAGUAGCUCAAAGGUGUGAUGGGUUUUCUUCCAAGAAAGAUGAAGAUCAGCUGGUUGAUGGACAAGUGAGAUGUGAGAAAUGGAUGCACAGGGAUUCUGCUGACUCUAAAGAAUCCAAGACGACCUCCUGGUUCAAGAGAUUCAUAGGGCGUGAACAGAAACCCGAAGUAACCUGGCCGUUCCCUUUUGUGGAGGGAAGGUUGUUCAUCUUAACAUUGCGAGCGGGCGUUGAUGGCUACCACAUCAGUGUCGGGGGUCGCCAUGUGACUUCAUUUCCUUACCGCCCAGGAUUUACCCUUGAAGAUGCUACAGGGUUAGCAAUAAAAGGAGAAGUAGACAUUAAGUCAGUUUAUGCAACUUCGCUCCCCAAGUCUCAUCCGAGCUUCUCUCCUCAAAGGGUACUGGAAAUGUCAGAGAAGUGGAAAUCUCGUCCCAUCUCAAAGAGUCCUAUUUGGCUUUUUAUUGGGAUUUUGUCAGCCACAAACCACUUUGCAGAACGCAUGGCAGUUAGGAAAACAUGGAUGCAAUCAUCAUCGAUAAAGUCCUCUAAUGUGGCAGUUCGUUUUUUCGUGGCAUUGAAUCCAAGAAAAGAGGUGAAUGCUGUGCUCAAGAAGGAGGCUGAUUACUUUGGCGACAUUGUGAUUUUACCAUUUAUGGAUCGCUACGAGCUCGUAGUUCUUAAGACGAUUGCCAUCUGUGAGUUUGGGGUUAAAAAUGUUUCGGCUGCAUACAUAAUGAAAUGUGAUGAUGACACAUUUGUAAGGGUGGAGACAGUUCUGAAAGAAAUUGAUCAUGUCUCCCGAAAGAAGCCUCUCUAUAUGGGAAACCUGAAUCUUUUGCAUCGUCCUCUGAGAAAUGGAAAAUGGGCAGUCACUUUUGAGGAGUGGCCAGAAUCAGUAUAUCCACCUUAUGCAAAUGGUCCAGGCUAUGUAGUGUCUAGCGAUAUCGCCAACUUUAUCGUUUCUCAACACAGCAAUCGGAGCCUCAGGCUAUUCAAGAUGGAAGAUGUGAGCAUGGGAAUGUGGGUUGAGCAAUUCAACAGCACGACACCCGUCCAGUACUCCCACAGCUGGAAGUUCUGUCAAUAUGGAUGCAUGGAAGAUUACUACACAGCACAUUACCAGUCGCCGAGGCAGAUGAUUUGCCUGUGGGAUAAGUUGUCGAGAGGACAGGCUCAUUGCUGCAACUUCAGAUGACAGUAUCUGAACCGAAUUAACCAAAACGGGUUUGUAGCAUUCAUAGAUUGUUCUGGCAGUGGAAUCCUUGUGGCAAAAGGGAGGAGAGUUACUUGCAUUGUAGGAAGAAGCCAGGCUAAGUAGUGUAGAAAUAUAUAUAUGAAGGUAGUCGUUUGACAUGUAGUAUUCUUCUGUACUCCCUAUGUAACUGAAACAAAGCAAAGCAUUUGCAAAUGAUGAGAAUUCCAUUCAUCAGUGAUGAAGCUCUGGCACCAGCCAUUUUCCACGUCU